GGAUCUUACCAUUGCGGCCAAUGCAAACCAGGAUAUACAGGAGACCAAGCCAGGGGAUGCCAGGCUGAAAGGAGCUGCAGAAAUCGAGCCCUCAAUCCGUGCAGUGUCCAUGCCCGUUGUAUUGAGGAGAGGAGAGGAGAGGUGACCUGUAUUUGUGGCAUUGGCUGGGCUGGUGACGGUUAUAUUUGCGGAAAAGAUGUUGACAUUGACGGCUACCCUAAUGAAGAACUCUCAUGCUCUGCUGAAAACUGCAGAAAGGACAAUUGCAGAUUUGUCCCAAACUCUGGACAAGAAGAUGCCGAUGGUGAUGGGAUUGGAGAUGCCUGUGACGACGAUGCAGAUGGAGAUGGCAUUCCCAAUGAGCAGGAUAACUGUGUCUUGGCUCCCAAUGUUAACCAGAGAAACAGUGACCAAGAUAUCUUUGGAGAUGCUUGUGACAACUGCCGCAAUGUCCUGAAUAAUGACCAGCGGGACACAGAUGGUGAUGGGAAAGGAGAUGCUUGUGAUGAUGACAUGGAUGGAGAUGGUAUUAAGAACCUUUUGGAUAAUUGUCAGAAGAUCCCCAACCAAGACCAGGAGGACAAGGAUAAUGAUGGUGUUGGUGAUGCUUGUGACAGCUGCCCCACAAUCAGCAACCCAAACCAGUCAGAUAUUGACAAUGACCUGGUUGGAGAUUCCUGCGAUACCAAUCAGGACAGUGAUGGCGAUGGGCACCAGGACAGCACAGACAACUGCCCCACCAUCAUUAACAGCUCCCAGCUGGACACGGAUAAGGAUGGGUUGGGUGACGAGUGUGACGAGGACGAUGAUAACGACGGAAUUCCCGACAUUCCUGACCUCUUGCCCCCAGGCCCUGACAACUGCAGGCUGGUCCCCAACCCAGGGCAGGAAGAUGAUAAUGGUGAUGGAGUUGGGGAUAUCUGCGAGUCUGAUUUUGACCAGGAUACAGUGAUUGAUCGGAUCGAUGUGUGCCCUGAGAACGCAGAGAUCACCUUGACAGACUUCAGGGCCUAUCAGACAGUGGUGCUGGACCCAGAGGGGGAUGCACAGAUUGACCCCAACUGGGUGGUUCUGAACCAGGGCAUGGAAAUUGUGCAGACUAUGAACAGCGAUCCUGGCCUUGCUGUUGGUUACACUGCUUUUAACGGCGUUGACUUUGAGGGCACUUUUCAUGUGAACACAGUGACAGAUGACGACUACGCUGGCUUUAUUUUUGGCUAUCAAGACAGCUCUAGCUUUUAUGUAGUAAUGUGGAAACAGACUGAACAGACAUACUGGCAAGCAACUCCCUUCAGAGCUGUUGCAGAGCCUGGCAUUCAGCUAAAGGCUGUGAAAUCUAAGACAGGCCCUGGCGAGCACCUCCGCAACUCCCUCUGGCACACGGGGGACACCAGUGACCAGGUCAGGCUGCUAUGGAAGGACCCCCGAAAUGUAGGGUGGAAAGACAAAGUCUCCUACCGCUGGUUCUUGCAGCACAGACCCCAGAUCGGUUACAUCAGGGCAAGAUUUUAUGAAGGCUCUGACCUAGUGGCAGACUCUGGCGUAACUAUAGACACCACAAUGCGUGGAGGACGGCUUGGAGUUUUCUGCUUCUCUCAGGAAAACAUUAUUUGGUCCAACCUGAAAUAUCGCUGCAAUGACACCAUCCCAGAGGACUUUCAAGAAUUUCAAGCUCAGCAAUUUGGUGUUGGGGAUAUUUAAGAAGGAAAAGCAAACUAACAUUGCUAUCGCAAACAAUAAAACAAUGUAUUUUAAAUCCUUAUAUGAUUGUUGUAAGAGUGCACACCGCAGCUUGUUCUCAUUGAUGUGACUAUGUCAGACUUUUUUUUGUAUAAAAGUGAAAAUAAAAAGGAGACAAAA